AUGAAGCGUUUCCCUCUAAUCAGACUUUCUCACUCCAGCCAAUCUCCCAGAAAGCCUCGCUUAAAUUCCUCGCUGACUUCUAAAUCUUUCAAAAACGAACAAGCCAAGCGAAAAAUGUAAGCUUAAAUUAGAAAAGAAUUAUGCUGCACCUCACGUCUAAAAGUGAGAGACGUAAUUGAAAUCGAUGACAACUUAGAUCUAUCUCUUACUUUGGAGACGCAAAAUUCUCGCACUAAGUUUGGGUAUGAUAUUUCAAUUAUAGAUGAAAUCAAAUCAUUAGAAGAGCAGCUUGAUACUCAAGAAAUAGAGCUGAGAACAUAUAAUUACACAAACAAAAAUGAUCCGAAAACUGGAGAAGUUGAAUGGCAAGCGUACACACAUUAUAUGCAAGGGAUCAUUAACUCUGUGAAGAAGCGAGACCAAAGGAUAGGAAAUUGCCUAAUAAGAGGUCUCUCAGGAUGCAUCCGUGCUGUUAGCAAAAUCCAAAAUAAAAGACCUGAAGAAAAGUACAUAGCAUGUGAGUCGUCAAGAAGGUUUACAAGAGAGCAAUAUACACAAACCUAUUCAAAUUCACAAAAUUACACUGAAAGCAGCUUUGUUGACGAUAUCUCGCCAGAAAUAGAGGCGUUAAAGAAUUUAAGCAAAAAAAUAAGUGAUUUAAAUAAUGAAGCGCUGGCAAAAAAACUAAAAGACCUUUAUGAAUCUUUAAGGAUGAUGUAUAGUGAUGUGCCCUCUCCUUGUGAGACCCCUAGCUCCGACUCCCUUUAAAUUGGAACAAAAAUUCCAGUUCCAAUUUAUUUUUUUUUAAUAAAUAAAUUUAUAAUAUAAAUUGAAUUAAAAGUUGAAUUUUAAUUUAUUUUUAUAAGAAUUAAAUAAAAAAAUUCAUUCAGUGUGAAAAAUUUUUAAAUAAUAUUCUGUUGCACUUUUUACAUUAAAUUGGUAAAAGCUAAUUUUAUAAAAAUUUGUUCUGUUAGAGUAUCUAAAAAAUGGGAAUUCACCGAUAUUUACUCCAAUUUAAAAGGAGAAGUAAGCUGUUCGAGCUGGAAAAUGGAGAAGUGGCAAAUGACAUAAGGAAUACGAUGAAAGCAUUCCAAGAAGAGCUGCAGUACCAAAUAACAAAAAAACAGCUUCUCAAAAUCAAGCAUGACCAUUCGGUACAGACUGAUUUUGAAGUUAUGGAUGCUUCUAUGUAUGGUAAACUACAAGAGCAGUUCACUUCAAAAGAAGUAGAGCUUUUUCAGUUGAAGUACAGAUAUGAGUGUGCAUUGGAGGAAAAUAAAAAACUUGAAGAAGCUUAUACCAGAUAUCAAAAAGAGUGUGAAGAGAGCCAAAGAAGAAUCAAAGUGUUGGAGGAUGAAGCUAAAAAUGUAUUUGAUAGGAAUAAUAAAUUGACACAGUAUGAAAGUGAUUUAAAUUAUCAGCUUAUUGAUUUAACUCAAGGUAUUCAAAAAAGAAAAGAAAAAAUAGCAAAGCUGAGAAAAGACCUUGAGGAAGCAGAAGAAGACAUCGACCACAAGAGAGAAUUAGAUUAGAUUAGAACGAUGUGUAUUUAAGGUCCCUUCUUCCAUGCGUGACAUUCCUCCGCGCUCCGUGAGGAGCCGUACUGGCACGAGCGAAAAGGAUGGACUUCAUCACUGGUUCUCUGAGCCCAGGCCGAAACUCCUGGUUUCUCGGUAGUGGUUUGCCCUAUUGGGUCGUCAGCCGACCGUCGCCGAGCACCACCAUUUCCAACUCAGCCUUUCGCCCCGAGUUACGCCAGUCUCUGUCUCCGGUUGGCCAUAUCGUCCUUUAAAAGGACCCUUUUAACUGGAGAGACCGCCUUAGGUUGUCUAAUCUGCCUCCCCUUUUGCCAGCUUAUCCGCUUGACAAAAUCCUCAACCGCUUCCGCGAUUCGGGGCAGACCACAAUAGCAGCUUGAGCAGGUAAGUCGCCCUGCUCCAUUUCGGGCACCCACUGGCUUGGGCGCUGCUGGAAAAAGGAGAUGCUACUAACUGCCCUAGGAUCUGGCCACGAUCAGACGGGUCUGUGUUCAUCCCUGGUUGCCACCAGGGUCCAGAUACUGCUGAGCUAAGUCGCUUCUCCAGAAAACCAUGCCCGGAUAUACACGGGUUACCGUUACUGAGAGGAGACGGGUCGGUCGCCAUAUACGCCAUUUUAUGUAUAUACCACAAGAGAGAAAAACUGGAUAAAUUUAGAAAUGAAUUGGAUGAGACUACAGAGCAACUUGAAGUAAAAACAAAGAAACUGGAAAUUGCAGAACAAAAGCUGAGCAUAAUUGAAAGGGCAUGAAAAACUGUUCACAGAAGAAGUUUCAUGUAUGAAAAAGAAGGGCUCAUUGAAGCUCCAAAAUUAAAAAUUGAGGCUAUAAGCACGCUAGAUCCUAUCAAAUCCAGAGUGAGAGAAAGGUCAAUAACUCCGAGCCCAACGAACAUUUUUAGGAAAAGAAGUAUCCUUUCCCCAAGUCCAAUUCCUUCAAACGCAGAUUCUCCUGCACUUGGGCAGUCUGAGUCAUACCAAAGACUUCGGAAGCAGGUUAUCAUUGAGAAUUCAAGUGGUUUGCUAUCUAACAUAUCAGGAGAAAAUGAGUUUUUAAACUCGCUAUCUGCAGAACAACUCGAGUUUUUUUUCCGACUGCGAUCAGAAGAAAGAGAAGAGAAAUUUAGAAGUAAAAUCGCCAACUUAAGCGAAAACUCCAAGGCAAUCCAAUAUAUUUAUGUUGAGCCAGUGACCGAAGAAAUGAUCGCACAACAUAUUGUAAAAAGGAGAUACACUCAAGCUAGAGAGCCACCUGAGCGAAAAAUUGUAGCUGAAGAAACCAAGGAUGAUAGUUUCGCAGAAACUGCCAGAAUUCUUGCAAAAGACGCUGAGUUUGAAAUGCUCAGUCCAAACCUGAAAAUGGAUCUUCUGAAAGCUAUGGAAGGACAUGAUACAGAAAAGUGUGGAAGUAACUGUGUUCACCUGAAACGGGCAAUGAUGAUCAAACAAAAAGCCAGAGGCGCCCCAUAUCCAUUAAAGAGAGCUACAAUUGCUAGUAUAAGAUAA